AUGUUUAUUUUCCCUAUAAAUACUACAUUUUCUGUAAGCUUUCAUGCAUAGCAACCUUUGCCUUCAUAUUUGUUUUUCUCAUCGCUUUUCCCUGGUUUUCUUUUCUCGACAAUGGCUUCCUCCCUUUGGAGUUCUCUUUUACCUACAGCAAUCUUUCUUCUGAUGCAAACUCUGCCUAAGGCUUCUUCUGUAUGUAGUGACUGCUUCAUUCAAUCCCGUGCAGCUUACUAUCCGAAUUCUAAUGAAAAAGGAACAGAGAGUGCAUGCGGGUUCGGUUCCUUUGGAGCAACGCUUAAUGGUGGAGAUGUAUCAGCAGCAUCUGACCUAUAUCGAAAUGGGGUUGGCUGUGGUGCAUGCUACCAGGUAAGGUGCACCAACAGUGCCUACUGCUCGAGCAAAGGAGUAAAUGUGGUUAUAACAGACCAAGGUUCAAGUGCUCGAACAGACUUUAUUCUGAGCAAACGAGCCUUCAGUAAAAUGGCUCAAACUGCUAAUGCUGCUGCCUCUCUGUUAUCUCUUGGCAUCGUUGACAUUGAAUACAGACGUGUUUCUUGCAGCUAUCCAAACAAGAAUAUUACAAUCAAGAUAGAUGAGAACAGCAACUUUCCUCAUUAUUUGGCUUUUGUGAUAAGGUAUCAACAGGGGAUGAAAGAUAUCACAGCAGUUCAGCUUUGUGAGACUCAAAAUUUUGUCUGCAAGCUUUUGGAUCGGCAUUAUGGUGCAGUAUGGACAACGACCACACCACCAAGUGGACCUUUGCAAGUAAAGAUGUUGUUCAGUGGUGAUGAUGGAGAUGAGACAUGGCUUGUUCCUGUGAAUAACAUACCAGAAGGCUGGAAAGCUGGAGAAACAUAUGAUUCAGGAGUUCAAGUGAACAUAUAGAUAGAGCCAUAUGAUCAGAUUUUGUUAUCAACUUCGUCUUAUAGGAUAAAAAUAAGCUCCUGUUAUUUUUCAUCUGUACUUUCCUUUUCAUGUUCUGCUUCAUUUUUUAUUUUUUAUUUUAUUUUCCAGAUAGGUAUUUCUAAAAUAAGGGGAUUAAAAAACUCCUGAUGUAAUCAAAUAUUCUAUUGUUGACUAAUAAUAAAAUAGCAAGUUUCUUAUAGCAAAGAA